AUGAAAGAAAAUAAUCAAAUGACACUUCCUAACGUUACAUUGAAUAUACAGUCGUCACUGGUUAUAACGAAUCCGUUCUGUAGGGUUUGGUUCGUACCACGUCAGGUGACGGAAGUUGACAUAAUUGGAAUCUUGCAAGAUUCCCGUGAUGAAGUCGUUCGAGAACCGGAAGGGACACUACCUAAAUACCACAAAUAUACAAUUGGUGUUAUAGUAAUCCCAUCCGACGAAAAUUUUACAAUUCAAGCGAGAUGA